AUGUUCCCAAAAGCCUGGCAAGUCGGUCGCUACCUGGAGAACUAUGCAGAGAGGCUUAGGAUCUUCAAUCAUAUUACGUUCAACACAAAAGUCGUCAGCGCUCAUCUACAAGAUGGGUCUAUGAGUUGGAAUGUUGUGUGCGUUGACACGCUCACGGAUCAGCGUACCCACCAUACAUUUGAUUACCUCGUCGUCGCGAGUGGCUUCUUUGACCACCCCAUGCCGAAAGACUUCUUCGAUGACUCGAAUCUCUCAUUGGAAACUCAUCCGGCCAAGGGCGAGCACCCCAGGCAUUACCAGCACUCGUCUCGCUUUCGAACUCUUCCAGGACUCACUGACAGGGCCGGCAAGAUAGCCGUGAUUGGUGGUGGCAUCAGCGGCGCAGAAGCUGCUGCGCAGGCAGCUAUGCAAAUCUCCAGUGCUAAAUUCUCACCAGGAGCAAAGGGCAUCCACGCCAACAGCGAAAUCUACCACAUCAUCAACCGACCCUUCUACUGCAUGCCUCGAUACCUACCGCAAGACCCCGAUGACAGAACGCACACAGGCUCGAAUCCGGCCCCGCACUUCCUGCCUCUGGACAUGGUUCUUUACAAUCUUUCGCGCCGAGGCGGCGGUGGUGAGAUUUCGGCGGCCAUCGCCACAGUACCUCCCGAGAAAGCUGCGAAAGGCCACGAGUUCCUGCGCUCUGUUAUCGGUAGUGAUCAGAGCGACCUUGGGCACUCCACCCUCGUGUACGACGACGACCAGAUGCAAUACCCCGCAUACACUGGAAUUACAGAUACUUAUACCGAGUUUGUGAGGAGUGGAGUCAUCGUACCUGUGCAGGGAUUUGUCAGCAAGGUGUCCGAAAGAGAUGCUGACCUCGAAGGGUUCAAGAUUGGAAUCGCGCCCAAAGCGCCGUGGAAGAUCGUCGAUUGUUCACGUGGCGAUCCAUGCGAGCAUGUUUAUGCAUCUGCCAUCAUAGAAGCGACAGGCUACAGCUCUAGCAUCGAAUACCUGAGGGACUGCAAGCCCCUCAUCGCCAGCGCGUAUGAUAGCGAAUGCCCCCGAAUUCCUCUUAAACUAUCCCGAGGUUGCGUAUUUGCCAAGGAAGUUCCUACACUGGGUUUCGUCGGUUUCUACGAAGGCCCAUAUUGGAGCGUCAUGGAGCAGCAGGCACGGUUGCUCGUGGAAACAUGGACAUCAGAGACUCCAGAGAUCGCGCGAAACCGCGUUGGCAAAAUCUUUCAAACCGACGAUGCAGAAAAUAUGCGGGCGGCCAUCAAGGUGAAGUCACUACAAGUGCCUCAGUUCUGGCAAGCAGACUACGUGGGCCUAGUCGAGGACUUUGCCCGACACACAGGUGUCGUUCGCAACGACAGCACAUUUGGUGAUGGUACAGGGCCAGUAUUUGCAGCGCGCUACUGCGGUGACAGCAGAAAUGAGCAGGCUUUGGCCGUUGUGGCUGAAGUCGCAGAGCUCAUCAAGACAUCACAAUCUCAUGCCAGGUUUGUUGCAGCAGCCGUCUUUCGCGGCAUGCAAGGCGUCUGGACCAUCUCAAGAAAGAUCGGUAGCCACAAGCAUGGCAUUUCCGGUGGCUCUUUCGAGGGCACCGCACACUUCCACCCCCGAUUUCCCUCCGACGCCACCUACGCUGCAGAGUACCUGUACAUCGAAGAUGGCUCAUUCGUGAUGGAAACCGGACUCUCAUUUCCGGCGACUCGUCGCUACAUCUACAGGUACAACGAGGUGACGGACAAGAUCUCUGCUUGGUUCACGGAGGACGAUGGAGAGACGGUGGGCAGGUUGUUCAACACGUGGGACUUUGAAGAGCCUUCGAGUAGCUUCGUUGGGUGGGUAGCAAGGGGACAUCAUUGGUGUGACCCUGAUACGUACAAGGCUACGUGCGAGUUCCGUUUCAAGGCUGCGACGCUCGAGGGGUUCAGUAUCGAAUAUGAUGUAGAAGGGCCCAACAAGGAUUACACCCACCACAGCAAGUAUGUGAGGCCGUAG